CACUUUGGUAACAACUGGCUCGUUCGUCUAUCAACCGUACCUCUGCUCUGCGUGCGAUUUUUUGUUACUUGAUCUCGCCUUUGUAACUUUUUAUUCGGGGAUAGAUACCUCACACCGCUUCUCACUUCUAGAUUUUCAACGCAGAGCUACAGCAACACAAUAUGGCAUCACCACCGGAAGGUAUGUCGCGCGCGACGACCUCGAUUAGCGACGAUGCAGUCCCCGAGAAUGAUCCCACUGGGACUGCCGGGCUCUUGGCUGAGCGACUCUCGGCAUGGAAACAUGCCGUCGGCUACCUUGAGGAGUUCAUGGUCGCAGUGGAAAAGGCGCACAAGAAUCAGGCAAAGGAGUAUGAAAAGGUCCUCAAGAGCAUCAGCAAACCCCUGAAGGAGGGUCACCACUUUGACCAGAGCCUCGGUGGCGUCGCAGGCUUCUUUGAGAACAUGCGGGUCAACACCGAGGCCAUGGUCAACACCAACAUUGAAACCGAAAAGACCAUCAAGGGCACGGUGCUGCCCAUCAUCGAAAGGCUGCACAAGGAGAUCAAGCACAAGACCAAGGAGCUGUCUCACGGCGCCCAGAAGAGUGCCAAGGAUGUCGAGAAGGCCCGCAAUGUCACCCAGAAGCACAUUGAGCUUCUCGGCCAGCAGACGGCCGCUUUUGAGUCGUCCGGGGCCAAGUUGGACCCCUCGAACGACCCCUAUGUCUUGAAGCGUGGUGUGCUGCACCGCCUCAACCAACAGGUCAUGGACGAAAACAACCACCGCAACGACCUGCUAUCGGUGCAGAACAACUUCCAGGCAUUCGAGAUGCACAUAGUUGAGGUCAUGCAGCAGGCCAUGGAAGCCUUUAAUCAGUCUGCCGGUGGCCAAGCCGAGAAGAUGCGCGCCUUGUACUCGGACAUUCUUGGAGCCGCCCAGAGGAUGCCUCCCGACUUUGAGUGGAAGGGCUUCGUCCAGCGUAACAUGGAGAACCUCAUCGAUCCCAACGAGAACCCGCGGACCGUCGACAGCAUAACAUUCCCGAACAUGGACCACAAGGGAACCAAGUCCCUGAUUGAGGGCUCGCUGGAGAGGAAAUCGCGCAACAAGCUCUCAUGGGGCUGGUCAACCGGCUACUACGUCGUCACUCCAUCCAAGUUCUUGCACGAGUUCAAGGAUUCGGACAAUCUGCGCAAAGAUCCCGUGCCCGAGCUGAGCAUCUACCUACCCGACGCCGUCAUCGGCACGCCAAACAUGGAGAAGUUUAAUGUCAAGGGCAAGGACGUUUCCAAAGGCAUCAGCGGCAAGCUCGCGGGCUCUGCCGAGCUGGCCUUCAAGGCGCAUACGGCAGCCGACGCCGACAGGUGGUUCGAGGUCAUUAAGAGUGUCGCCGGCGCUACGGGAGCGAAGCGCGUCAACACGGAUGCCAAUGCCGCGUCAGCUGCCGCCGCCGCCAUGUCGUCGCCCGCUUCCCCGACCUCACCAACUUCGCCGACGGAGAAGAACGCCGCCCAGCCGCUGCCUCCCCUGGCUACGGACCAGCCCAAGCAGGAAUCGGGCGUCACUGGAGCCGAUACAGUGGCCAGCCCGGAUGCCCUUUCGCCCAAAUCGGCCCAGGAUUCGGGCCUAGCCUCGCCCCAGACCGCAGGAACGACGCCGCAAGCCGUCUCUCCCACGACCGCGGAGGCUCCCAAGCCUCAGACGGUCGUGACUGACCAGAAGAAGCCGAUGGACGCCUAAACAAGUUCAUUUUGAAAUAACAUACGGUACAUGAUAGAGGAGGAUUCGAGUAAUGAUUUGACAGAGUCUCUGAUGAAUGACGGGCAAAAAAAAAACAAAUGAUUUGGGUCUUGUUUUUAUGGAUGCCGAACAAGCCCAAAUGAAGAUAUGCAUUGUUUUGCUCUUUCUUUUUCUUUUUCUUUUCUUGGGAUAGUCGUUGUUUGUUCCCUAAAGGCUUCAAAGGCCAUAUAAUUAUUCGAUUUGUGCUCACCCUUUGCUAAGCAGUUCGGUAAGGUUGCCCAGUUAUUGAACUGUGUGACCUUGGUUGCCUAAAAGCGAUAUAACCCAC